AGCGAUUUGAAAAGGUGAACCCAGCGUACAGUUACAUCAAUUAAAAAAGCACACGAGAAAUGUCCAGAAGAUACGACUCGAGAACAACCAUUUUCUCCCCUGAGGGAAGAUUAUAUCAAGUAGAAUAUGCCCAAGAGGCAAUCUCACAAGCGGGGACCGCAAUUGGGAUCCUUUCCUCUGAAGGUGUGGUGCUUGCCUGUGAGAAGAAAUUUACAUCCAAGCUUUUAGAUAAUGAUGGAUCUGCAGAAAAGUUGUACAUCUUGAACGAAAACAUGGUAUGUGCUGUUGCUGGUAUGACUGCUGAUGCUUCAAUCUUGGUGAAUAAUGCGCGUGUACAAGCUCAACUGUACUUGAAGACAUACAAUGAAGAAAUACCUUGUGAAUUGUUAAUCAAGCGAGUCUGUGACGUCAAGCAAGGUUACACACAACACGGUGGGUUAAGACCAUUUGGGGUCAGUUUCAUCUAUGCUGGCUAUGACGACAGAUAUCAAUUCCAACUUUUCACCUCCAAUCCAUCUGGUAACUACUCUGGUUGGAAGGCUACCAGUAUUGGUGCCAAUAACUCUGCCGCUCAAACAUUGUUGAAGAAAGAUUAUAAAGAUGACAUGACUUUGCGUGAAGCAUGCGAUUUGGCUGUGAAAGUGUUACUGAAGACAAUGGACAGUUCAAACUUAAAUAGUGAUAAGUUGGAGUUUGCAACUUUGAGUUUGUCCAAGACUGAACCUGGAAAGACUAUCCGUAAGAUUUGGGCCGGUUCAGACAUUGAUUUGUUGAUUAAGGAGAGUGGUGUCUUAGAUGAAAAGAAAGAUGAUGAUGAGUAGAAAUGAAGUAGAUUUAUAAGUAGCCUACCCCUAGAAG